AUGAAGUUGGGCAAAGUGGAGCUCUGCCAUUUUCUGCAGCUAAUAGCGCUUUUCCUGUGUUUCUCUGGGAUGAGUCAAGCAGAGCUCUCCAGGUCCAGAUCAAAGCCCUAUUUCCAAUCAGGGAGGUCCCGGACCAAGCGCAGCUGGGUGUGGAAUCAGUUCUUUGUGCUGGAGGAAUACAUGGGUUCAGACCCUCUCUAUGUAGGAAAGCUUCACUCUGAUGUUGAUAAAGGAGAUGGUUCCAUCAAAUACAUCUUGUCAGGCGAAGGGGCAAGUUCCAUUUUCAUUAUUGAUGAGAACACGGGGGAUAUCCAUGCUACCAAGAGGCUGGACCGAGAGGAGCAGGCCUACUAUACGCUGCGAGCCCAGGCGCUGGACAGGCUCACCAACAAGCCCGUGGAGCCCGAGUCCGAGUUUGUCAUCAAGAUUCAGGACAUCAAUGACAACGAGCCCAAGUUCUUGGAUGGCCCAUACACUGCAGGAGUUCCUGAAAUGUCGCCUGUGGGGACCUCAGUGGUACAAGUGACAGCAACGGAUGCUGAUGAUCCUACAUAUGGCAACAGUGCCCGAGUGGUCUACAGCAUUCUGCAAGGACAGCCAUACUUCUCAGUGGAACCAAAGACAGGAGUCAUCAAGACCGCCCUUCCAAACAUGGAUAGAGAGGCUAAAGACCAGUAUUUGCUUGUUAUUCAGGCAAAGGAUAUGGUUGGUCAAAAUGGAGGACUCUCAGGAACUACGUCAGUCACCGUGACCCUAACUGAUGUCAACGAUAACCCACCUCGCUUUCCUCGAAGGUCUUACCAGUAUAAUGUCCCAGAAUCAUUGCCAGUGGCCUCUGUUGUGGCCAGAAUCAAAGCAGCUGACGCAGAUAUAGGAGCUAAUGCUGAAAUGGAAUACAAAAUCGUGGAUGGUGACGGAUUAGGGAUUUUCAAGAUUUCUGUUGACAAAGAUACACAGGAAGGAAUCAUUACUAUACAGAAGGACCUGGAUUUUGAAGCCAAAACAAGUUACACACUCCGGAUAGAAGCUGCAAACAAAGAUGCCGACCCUCGCUUUCUGAGCUUGGGUCCAUUCAGCGACACGACCACAGUGAAAAUAAUCGUGGAAGAUGUGGAUGAGCCCCCUGUGUUUUCCUCACCCUUGUACCCCAUGGAGGUAUCGGAGGCUACCCAAGUUGGGAAUAUCAUUGGCACCGUCGCGGCUCAUGACCCGGAUUCUUCCAACAGCCCUGUGAGGUAUUCAAUUGACAGAAACACAGACUUGGAGAGGUAUUUCAAUAUCGAUGCCAACAGUGGAGUUAUUACAACCGCCAAAUCUUUGGAUCGAGAGACAAAUGCUGUUCAUAAUAUCACAGUUCUUGCAAUGGAGAGCCAGAAUCCGUCUCAAGUUGGAAGAGGCUAUGUGGCCAUUACUAUACUCGACAUCAAUGACAAUGCCCCUGAAUUUGCUAUGGACUAUGAAACCACCGUGUGUGAAAAUGCCCAGCCAGGGCAGGUUAUCCAGAAGAUCAGUGCCGUUGAUAAAGAUGAGCCAUCCAAUGGACACCAGUUUUAUUUCAGCUUAACGACUGAUGCAACAAAUAACCACAACUUUUCAUUGAAAGAUAACAAAGACAACACGGCUUCCAUUCUCACCAGGAGAAACGGCUUCCGGAGACAGGAGCAGUCUGUGUACUACCUGCCCAUCUUCAUCGUGGACAGUGGUUCGCCUUCCCUCAGCAGCACGAACACCCUCACCAUCCGCGUCUGUGACUGUGAUGCCGACGGGGUAGCCCAGACCUGCAACGCGGAGGCCUACGUCCUACCUGCCGGCCUCAGCACCGGAGCCCUGAUUGCCAUCCUCGCCUGUGUCUUGACGUUACUGGUGUUGAUCCUCCUCAUCGUCACCAUGAGAAGACGGAAAAAAGAGCCUCUCAUUUUCGAUGAGGAGAGAGAUAUCCGAGAAAAUAUUGUGAGAUACGACGAUGAAGGUGGGGGAGAGGAAGACACAGAAGCUUUUGACAUGGCUGCACUGAGGAACCUCAAUGUCAUCAGAGAUACCAAGACCCGAAGGGAUGUGACUCCAGAAAUUCAGUUCUUGAGUCGACCGACUUUUAAAAGCAUCCCAGACAACGUCAUCUUUCGAGAAUUUAUUUGGGAGAGGCUGAAAGAAGCUGACGUGGACCCCUGUGCUCCCCCCUAUGACUCCUUGCAGACGUACGCGUUUGAAGGAAAUGGCUCAGUGGCUGAAUCGCUCAGCUCCUUAGAUUCCAUCAGCUCGAACUCUGAUCAGAAUUACGACUACCUAAGUGACUGGGGGCCUCGCUUUAAACGACUCGCAGAUAUGUAUGGCACCGGCCCCGAGAGUUUGUACUCAUAG